AUGGCUGAGGAGAGACUAAUCUAUAGAGCAUGGAGAGUGUUUUCUGAGCUCAGACUAUGGAGUUUUGGUCACAUGCUGUGGAAUAUAGGAGUGAAUGAUCCAAAGAAGGCUUUCCAUGCCCUCAAGGUUGGACUUGCAGUAACCCUGGUUUCUAUAUUCUACUAUGUAAGGCCACUCUAUGAAGGUGUUGCAGGAUCUGCAAUGGGAUCUGUCCUCACCGUCGCCGUCGUCUUUGAAUUCAAUGCAGGUGGAACAAUUUGCAGGGCAUUCAAUAGGACAUCAGCCACUUUCAUUGCUGGUUUCUUGGCGAUAGGCAUUCAUAUAAUUGCAGAUAGAUCAAACAAAGAGAUUGGGCACAUAGUUCAUGGAAUUGCAGUCUUCUUAAUAGCUCUGGCGGCGACCUUUGCUCGAUUCAUUCCUGUCGUAAAGGCGCGAUAUGAUUAUGGAAUGCUUGUGUUCAUCGUCACCUUCACAAUGAUCUCUCUCUCAGGCCAUCAUCUCAAUAAGUUGCUUGACAUGGCGAAGCAAAGAAGCUUCACAAUUGCUCUUGGGAGCUUCAUUUGUGUGCUUGUUUCAGUGCUAAUAUGCCCAGUUUGGGCAGGGAAGGAACUUCAUAUAUUGGUUGUUGGAAACAUGGAAAAGCUUGCUAAUUCUCUUGAAGUAUGUGUGCUUGAAUAUACGAAGCAAGGUCAAGAUUCAAAAGGCAAGGAGGACUCACCCCAAAAGCUUCCAGGUUAUAGAAGUGUUCUUGCCUCAAAGGCAUCAGAAGAUAGAUUGGUGAACUUAGCAAGAUGGGAACCUCCUCAUGGCCAGUUUGGUAUGUCACAUCCAUGGAAACAUUACCUCAAGAUCGGUGCUUCGAUGCGAUACUGUGCAAGUUGUAUGGAAACACUCCAUUCUUAUACCAAAUCUGAAGGGAAAAUUCAGGCACCUGAAAUCAUAAAAGAUUAUCUUUGUUCUGCCUUCAUGAGACUAAGUUUCAAUUCAUCCAUAGUUCUAAAGGAGCUUGCUAAAUCGGCAAAUGAGAUCAGUAAGUCUUCAACAAUGGAUGAUUUAGUUAAAGACAUGAAAGUUGCAGCAGAUGAGCUUCAAGUGGCACUAAGAACUCUUCCUAGAAUGAUAUUGGCAAUAAAAGAAAACCAAACAAGAGUAUAUAAUGGUGAAUUGAAGGAUAUAAACUUGAAUUUAGUUGAGGUUAUUCCUCUUGCCACAGUUACUUCACUUCUGAUGGAAAUCACUACAAGAAUUGAGGGUACUGUUAGUACAGUUAAUGAUUUCGUCAAUGAAGCUCUUCUUAAAACAUUAUAA